AUGUGUGACCUCAAUCAGACUAGGAGGUAUGCAUGGGGAGCUGCUGGCCUCAUGCAUAUGUACGAUCACCGUAAUGAUGCUAGUAUCAGCACUAGCCGACAAUGUUGGAUAUAUGAGCACUUUUCAUCAGUUGCGGAGUGUAACGCUGAUCCGAAUUACGACGAGGUGUCACCACGUGCGUGUCGGUGGAUUGCCACAAAGAAGACUGUGAAGAAGAUAUCUACAGUGACGUACAGGCAGCUUGGAUCGUCUCAGAAUUCCAGAUGUCUGCUGGAUGCCAUAUGGGGAGCACUGACCGGACAGCUCCGUUGGGGCCCUGUUGCUGUCAGAUACAGAUCGGAGAAGGUUAUGCGUCAGUUCGGAUACGUCCAGAGUAUUCUUGCACACCCUGUCGAUUCAUGGGUGUCAUUUGAUGACGUAGACGAUAGGUGGACGCACUACUCAGACCAUCUUGCACCAGCAGGUGACAUAUGUGUUGUGUCAAGUCAAUGUGCGCCCGACUACAUCGACCGGUUCUUCAUCAUAUCGCAUUCAUUCAUGACUGCACCACAGACAUCAGAUCCUCCUCGAGAUGCAUCUGCGACACAACCCAGACAUAUCCCUCAGGUGCCAGAGUCACGUGUCCCUCAGGAGUCAGCAGUAGCAGCAUCGACACAUGCCGAUUUUGAUGCUGACGAGCCCAGACAUGCAGUGAUAAGUGAGGUUUGCCAUGCCAUCGUCGAGACGUUGGAGCAUCAUCUCAGCCUAAAUGAAGUCACGCCAGGCACAUCGACACAUAAGGCCAUCCAAAAAUGUCUUAGGAUUGUCAGGGGUGUUACAGAAGACCGCAAUGUGUAUGUGAGGUCUCAACGUAGGUGGCGCACGGAUCAACCAUAG